UACGUCUACCAGAUUAUUUUGGCGGUCAAGGAAAUUACAUACAACGAACCGACCAUGGUCGAAGUUGGCGUUGAAAAGGGCAAGAAAUUGACUGUUUGCGGUGACACGCAUGGUAGGUCGCUUGGGUCUUCUACUAUUUCGAUCGAUAUUUUUUUCACGUGCUAAUUAUUGGAUAGGCCAAUUCUUCGAUCUUCUUGAAAUCUUCCGUUUGAACGGCUUCCCAUCCGACGCGCAUCACUAUCUCUUCAAUGGUGAUUUCGUCGAUCGUGGAUCGUGGUCAACCGAAGUUGCUCUCCUCCUUUACGCAUACAAGUGGCUCCGACCGGAUGGUUUCUUCCUCAAUCGCGGUAACCACGAGACGGACGAUAUGAACCGCGCCUACGGUUUUGAGGGAGAAUGCCGGGCCAAGUACAACGAGCGAGUCUUCAAGCUCUUUUCCGAAAGUUUCUCUGCUCUCCCUCUUGCUACCCUCAUUGGAGACAAGUUUUUCACCCUGCACGGCGGCCUCUUCUCUGAUGACAACACCUCCCUUGACGACAUUCGGAAGCUCAACAGACACAAUCAGAGACAGCCUGGUCAGGAAGGGUUGAUGAUGGAAAUGUUAUGGACAGACCCUCAGCCGCUACCUGGCAGAGGCCCCAGUAAGCGGGGCGUUGGGCUUCAGUUUGGCCCUGAUGUUACGAAACGGUUCUGCGAAAAGAACGGCUUGGAGGCCGUCAUCCGCAGUCACGAGGUCCGUAUGGAAGGUUACGAGGUCGAGCACGAUGGACGCUGUAUCACAGGUAUAUACUUUGUGUUGUUUUAUAUGUUUUUCAUUUUAGACGACGAUACUAAUCACUUUGAUUUCAGUCUUCUCUGCACCUAAAUACUGCGAUAGCACCGAAAACAAGGGUGCUUAUAUCAACAUUGGUCCAGAGCUUAAACUUGAAUACCAUAAGUUCGACGCCGUUCCACACCCAGAUAUCAAGCCAAUGGUAAGCUUGUCUCCCGAGUUUAUCAAACCCCAGCUGGGGAAAUUUAUCCGUCCUAGUGCUAACAGAUGUAUUAGGCAUAUGCCCAGAGUUCUCUGAUGUCGAUGAUGUGAUAUAUG